AUGGACGACAGACCAACCCCAGCAGAUACGGAUAUCCCAGGGGGCUUCCCUGUGACACCGUCUUUGCACUCUCGGAAGCCGACGCCUGGUCGUCUAGGGUCACCCUCCCCUACCACAGAUGCGAAUGAGGGAUAUGAAGCACGAGACGGCCUUGAUGUAGCCGCCCCGACUCGGAACGGCGAUUCAGGCCGGUCGUACUUUGAUGUUUCGACAGAUCCUUUCGAAACACGGACAUCAGCAGCCCAUCCAGUGCUUGAAGAUGCAAGUUCUACAGGUUCAGAGAAGACACUAGCUUCUCCUGUUGACGAUGGCGUGCAUCAUGCCAGCAAGAAAGAAGCCGUCAGCGUUCCAAACGAAUCUCAGCAGUCCGUACCGGAAGCCCGAUUUGAGGAGAUAAAGACAGGGCCCGAAACGCGUCCUCCGUUGGGUUCCUCUAAGAGCACCAUUCGAAGCGAAGAAGAUAUCUUCAGAGUUUUAUCUCAGCGUCGCACAUCUGUCGCAGAGUCAAAGGAGGACGACCAUGAGAUCGAGCGCCUUAUGUCACGCUUGUUCGGCCAAGCACGCCAGCAGCAGAGUGAAGAAGAGAACACGCGGCACUCGGGAGUCGUGUUCCGUGACCUGACUGUCAAGGGCGCUGGGCUGGGAGCCAGUCUUCAACCAACUGUUGGUGACAUCUUCUUGGGACUUCCCAGAUUUCUGAAGAAUCUGCUCACGAAAGGGCCCAAGGCUGCUACGGGAAAACCGCCAGUAAGAGAGCUUCUUAGCCACUUCGAUGGCUGUGUGCGACCAGGAGAGAUCUUGCUGGUCCUCGGACGCCCUGGCUCCGGGUGCAGCACAUUCUUGAAAACAUUUUGCAACCAGCGCGCAGGAUAUGAGGAAGUUCUUGGCUCUGUGACUUAUGGCGGAACGGAUGCUAAGAUCAUGGCGAAAGAUUUCAGGGGGGAGAUAAUCUACAAUCCUGAGGACGAUCUCCACUAUGCUACCUUGUCCGUCAAACGCACCCUGACCUUUGCCUUGAGAACUCGUACUCCUGGAAAAGAAUCUCGAUUAGAGGGUGAAAGCCGUAACGACUACGUGACAGAGUUCUUACGUGUGGCAGCCAAGCUGUUGUGGAUCGAGCAUACCAUGGAUACCAAAGUUGGCAAUGAGUACGUCCGCGGAGUCUCGGGUGGCGAACGCAAACGUGUCAGCAUCGCCGAGGCUCUCAUCACACGAGCCAGUGUCCAAGGCUGGGACAAUUCCAGCAAAGGCCUCGAUGCCUCGACCGCUGUAGAGUAUGUGCAGUCCCUCCGCACUCUCACAAACAUGGCCCAGGUAUCGACGGCAGUGUCUCUAUACCAGGCUGGAGAGAGCCUGUAUAACCUUGUCGACAAGGUCUUGCUCAUAGACCAGGGACAGUGCUUGUACUUUGGCUCUUCCGACGACGCAAAGCAAUACUUCCUCGACCUCGGCUUCGACUGCCCUGAACGGUGGACCACAGCCGAUUUCCUGACGUCUGUGACCGACCCCUUUGAGCGCAGUGUGCGACCAGGCUGGGGAGACCGCAUUCCACGGUCUGCUGAAGACUUUGCUACUGCCUACAAGAAGUCCGAAGUUUACCAAAGAAAUAUUCAAGACAUUGAAGACUUUGAAUCCCAAAUUGAUCAGCAGCAACGGAGACGAGCUGAACAUCGGUCGAAGAAGAAUAAGAAGAAGAACUAUACCAUCCCCUUUCACCAACAAGUUCUGGCAUUGACCAAGCGCCAAAUGUUGGUGAUGUUGGGUGACAAGGCCUCGCUGGUGGGUAAGUGGGGAGGCAUCGUCUUCCAAGGCCUUAUUGUUGGUUCUCUAUUCUAUAACUUACCCGACAAUGCGAACGGCGCCUUCACCAGAGGUGGCGUUUUAUUCUUCAUCCUUCUCUUCAACGCAUUGCUUGCCCUAGCCGAGCAGACUGCCGCCUUCGAAUCCAAGCCCAUUCUGCUGAAGCACAAGAACUUCUCUUUCUACCGCCCGUCUGCCUACGCACUUGCACAGACCCUUGUGGACGUGCCACUGGUUCUGAUCCAGGUCAUUCUUUUUGAUGUUAUAAUAUAUUGGAUGGCUGGACUUUCUGCUACACCUUCCCAGUUCUUCAUCAGCAUCCUCAUCCUAUGGACUGUUACCAUGGCUACUUAUGCGUUCUUCCGAGCUAUUUCAGCGGUUGCCAAGACCUUGGAUGAUGCAACAAAGGUCACUGGAGUAGCGAUCCAAAUUUUGAUUGUGUAUACUGGAUACCUUAUACCUCCCUCCUCUAUGCGACCAUGGUUCGGUUGGUUGCGCUGGAUAAAUUGGAUUCAGUACGGCUUCGAGAGUCUUAUGUCUAACGAGUUCUACAAUCUCGAGAUGCCAUGCGUACCUCCCUACCUUGUGCCUCAGGGACCUAGCAGUUCCCCAGAACAUCAGUCCUGCGCGUUAGCAGGUUCUAGCCCAGGUUCAAUCGUCGUUUCUGGAGCUGCGUACAUCCAAGAGUCAUUCAGUUACUCCAGAGGCCACCUCUGGCGGAACUUUGGUUUUCUGUGGGCAUUUUUCGUCUUCUUUCUUGCUAUCGCCAUGAUAGGCAUGGAAAUGAUGAAACCGAAUGCCGGAGGCGCCGCGGUUACAGUGUUCAAGAGGGGUCAGGUGCCGAAAACCUUGCAGAAAUCUAUCGAGACAGGAGGCAGGAAAAAGACUGACGAAGAGUCUGGCUCACCCACGGCAGCCAGCGGUCCAGAUCACGCUCAGCAAGAAGAGAAGGACAAGCAGGCAAUGAAAAACGUCGCUGGAAACGAGACUGUCUUCACCUUCCAGAACGUUAGCUACACCAUCCCCUACCAGGGAGGGGAGAAGAAGUUACUGGAUCAGGUUCAGGGGUUCGUUCGCCCUGGAAAGUUAACAGCCCUCAUGGGUGCCUCGGGCGCAGGUAAAACGACCCUUCUUAACACGUUGGCUCAGAGAAUCAACUUUGGCACCAUCACCGGCGAUUUCCUGGUCGAUGGUCGAACGCUCCCUAAAUCCUUCCAGAGGGCUACCGGGUUUGCUGAGCAAAUGGACGUCCACGAACCCACAGCUACGGUGCGAGAGGCUCUUCAAUUCUCAGCUUUAUUGCGCCAGCCUCGGGAGGUGUCAAAGGAGGAAAAGUACGACUACUGCGAAACUAUCAUCGACCUAAUGGAAAUGAGAGAUAUUGCUGGAGCCAUCAUUGGCAAGCCCGGUGAGGGUCUGAAUCAGGAACAGCGGAAAAGGCUCACAAUUGGAGUUGAAUUAGCAUCGAAACCUGAGCUGCUGAUGUUUCUUGAUGAGCCAACUUCAGGUCUCGACUCCGGUGCUGCCUUCAACAUUGUCAGAUUUCUUCGCAAACUGGCUGAUGCUGGACAAGCCAUUCUGUGCACUAUUCACCAGCCCUCUGCUGUGCUCUUUGAGAACUUUGACGAACUGAUCCUGCUGAAGUCUGGUGGGCGCGUGGUAUAUGCUGGAGAACUUGGAAAGGACAGCCAGAAGAUGGUCAAGUACUUUGAGGGUAACGGUGGGCCCAAGUGUCCGCCUGACGCCAACCCAGCUGAAUGGAUGCUUGAAACAAUCGGUGCCGGCAACCCAGAUUACAAAGGCCAGGACUGGGGAGAUGUCUGGAUCCAAUCCAAGAUCUAUCAUGAACAGAUCCGGGAAAUCGGCCAGUUGAAUGAGAAGCGGCGGAACGUCGAGCACUCUCGGAACGUUCAAGAUGAACGGGAAUAUGCUAUGCCUCUGUUGACGCAGACGCUGGCCGUCGUCAAGCGAUCUUUCAUCAGCUACUGGAGAACGCCCAACUAUAUUAUGGGAAAGUUUAUUCUUCACAUCUUUACUGGACUUUUCAACACCUUCACAUUCUACAAGCUUGGAUACGCUACCAUCGAUAUGCAAUCGCGUCUCUUCUCGAUUUUCAUGACUCUGACCAUCUCCCCGCCCCUGAUCCAGCAGCUGCAGCCUGUGUUCCUUCAGUCACGUAACAUUUUCCAGUCUCGUGAAAACAACGCCAAAAUCUACAGCUGGUUCGCAUGGACCACUGCCGCAGUUCUUGUUGAGCUCCCAUACGCCAUCGUGGCCGGAGGUAUCUACUUCAACUGCUGGUGGUGGGGACUUGGCGGAUACAAGAUGUCCGGCUUUGCCUCGGGUUUCACGUUCCUCUGCGUCAUCCUCUUCGAGCUGUACUAUGUUGGCUUCGGGCAAGCCAUCGCAGCGUUCAGCCCUAACGAUCUCUUGGCCUCACUACUCGUGCCGAUCUUCUUCCUUUUCGUGGUCUCGUUCUGCGGUGUUGUCGUACCGCCCGAGCAGCUUCCCACUUUCUGGCGUUCUUGGAUGUAUUGGCUCACCCCCUUCCACUACCUACUUGAGGCUUUCCUCGGCGUGGCGAUCCACGAUCAACCAGUUAGAUGCGACAAGGGCGAGUUUGCUCGUUUCUCGGCGCCACCCGGCCAGACGUGCGAAUCUUACACUCAGGCGUACCUAAGCCAGGCGGGCGGGUAUGUACAGACUGGCGCCGAUGGGCUGUGCGAAUUCUGCCAGUAUGCGACCGGCGACGAAUUCGGCCGCGGCUUCAGCGUGUACUAUAGCAACAUUUGGCGCGAUUUUGGGAUUGUGUGCGGUUUCAUCUUGUUCAAUUACGCAGUAGUCUAUAUGGCAACCUUCCUCAGAUUCAGGGGCAAGAACCCGUUCAAGGGAGCCUUGACCAAGCUAAAAAGCCGAUAA